UAGGGAUUCCCGCCGCACCUUUGUACGAGCCAGACCCCGUGUGGCGGGGGUGUUCCCUGGUCGCCCGCCGGGCCGCGGCCUCUCCUCACCGGCCUUUCAGCCCUGCAGUCGCCAAGGGCGGCGCCCUGGGCCUCGUACGCCAUUUCCACGAAGGAGACAGCGGCCCCGAGUGCGGCCGUCAACCGCGGUCGCCCGGCCAGGGCAGGGCACGCGGAGGGGGUCGGCCGAGCCGCCCCGGUGCUCGCCUCUCCCAGCCCUGUGCGGCCCACAGGGUCCCUUGAUGGCAGCGGCGGUGUCGUCGCCGACGGAGCGGACGCAGAUGUCUGUGACCUUUGACGAUGUAGCCGUGACUUUCACCAAAGAGGAAUGGGGGCAGCUAGAUCCGGCUCAGCGAACCCUGUACCAGGAAGUGAUGCUGGAAAACUGUGGGCUCCUGGUGUCUCUGGGGUGUCCUGUUCCCAGACCUGAGCUGAUCUACCAGCUAGAGCAUGGGCAGGAGCUGUGGACAGUAAGGAAAGACCUCUUCCAGGGACUCUGUCCAGGGGACAAAGAAAAACCUAAGACCCCAGAACCCAUCACUUGUGAGCCAGCCCGGCCUAGGGGAGUCUCACUCCAGGGAGAACUAACACAGGGAGCCUCAGGGGACUCCCAGCCUCAGCAAGCCAAGGAUCAGAAUGGGCCAUAUGAAAUGCAGGAAGGACACUUGAGACCAGGGAUAGAUCCCGAGAAGGAGAAACUUGCUGGGAAAAGGAACCCUGAAUGUGAUGAGUUAGGGAGAGGUGGUGGUGCAUGUUCCAGGAUGAUACAAGAGCAAGUCUGUCCAAGAGAUACAGUCCAUAGCCUUAACUCAAGUGGAUCAGGUAAAGAGCCCAUGCUUCAGGAAGAGGAAAAUAUCUUUAAAUGCAAUGAAUGUGGAAAAGUCUUUAACAAGAAACACCUCCUUACUGGACAUGAGAAAAUUCACUCUGGAGUGAAGCCCUAUGAAUGCACAGAAUGUGGGAAAACCUUCAUUAAGAGCACACAUCUCCUUCAGCACCACAUGAUCCACACUGGCGAGAGGCCCUACGAGUGCAUGGAGUGUGGAAAGGCCUUCAACCGCAAAUCAUACCUUACUCAGCACCAGCGUAUUCACAGUGGAGAGAAGCCUUAUAAGUGCAGUGAGUGUGGAAGGGCCUUCACCCACCGAUCCAAUUUUGUCUUGCAUAAAAGGAGACACACUGGAGAAAAAUCUUUUGUGUGCACAGAAUGUGGGCAAGUCUUUCGACAUAGGCCAGGUUUCCUUCGACACUAUGUUGUCCACAGCGGUGAGAAUCCCUAUGAGUGCUUGGAGUGUGGCAAGGUCUUCAAACAUAGGUCAUACCUCAUGUGGCACCAACAGACUCACACGGGGGAAAAGCCCUAUGAGUGCAGUGAAUGUGGGAAAGUCUUCUUGGAGAGCGCAGCCCUCGUUCACCACUAUGUCAUCCACACCGGGGAGAAGCCCUUCGAGUGCCUCGAGUGUGGGAAGGCCUUCAACCACAGGUCGUACCUCAAGAGGCACCAGCGGAUUCACACUGGGGAGAAGCCUUUUGUGUGCAGUGAAUGUGGAAAGGCCUUCACCCACUGCUCUACUUUUAUCCUGCAUAAAAGGGCCCACACUGGAGAAAAACCUUUCGAGUGCAAAGAAUGUGGAAAAGCCUUCAGCAAUCGGAAGGAUCUCAUUCGCCACUUCAGCAUCCACACUGGAGAGAAGCCCUAUGAGUGCGUAGAGUGUGGAAAGGCCUUCACCCGCAUGUCAGGCCUCACAAGGCACAAGCGGAUUCAUAGUGGAGAGAAGCCCUAUGAAUGUGUCGAGUGUGGGAAAUCCUUUUGCUGGAGCACAAACCUCAUUCGACACUCCAUCAUCCACACUGGAGAGAAGCCCUACAAGUGUAGUGAAUGUGGAAAAGCCUUCAGUCGCAGCUCAUCCCUCACUCAGCAUCAAAGGAUGCACACGGGCGGAAACCCUAUCAGUGUGACAAAUGUGGCAAGACCUUUUACAAGUGUGCAAACCUCAGUUACCCUUCGCGAACUCCUUUUGGGGAAAGAUUUUAUGAAUGUAACCACUGAGGCAAAUCUUUUGCCAGAGGAAACAACUACAUCUGAUCAUGCAUACCAAAGAGAAACCCCACAAGUGUCUUCACCGUGAAAAAUCCUUCUGUUACAGAAUAUUACUUGUCAUCUAAAGAGGCAUAGUAGAAAUUGACCCAGCCUAGAGCCUUAUUCUCCAUCUGAGAAUUUAUCCUGGAGAGAGACCCAGUGGUUAUUGUACAAAUAAGAAAAACU